CAUCAUUUUAAUUUUUGCAAUAAUAUUUUGCCCGUUUGCUGGAGCCAUAAUCAUUCUAAUUUCUAAACUUUUUUAUUGAAUAAAUUGUUUUUUUAUCAAAAUAGUAAUUCUUUGAAUAGAUUUAGAUGCUGUUAAAUCUGUUCAGAAAUCUGUUCUUAAUCCACUCUGAGAGAGAUGAGGAUUAGGCAAGCAGUGCUACCAACCUGCAGAGAAAAAAAUAAGACAGACAGUCAGCUUUUUGCUUAAGGAUCCCGAUAAACCUUAGAAUAUACAAACGAAAGAAACUCUAAGUUUGUGCAUCUGGUGAUGAAGAAUGGUUCAGAGAACUCUGCUACCUGUUAUUGCAGCUCUUCUUCACCUUGGGUUUUCAGGAACGCCAACAGGUUCAAAGAAGUCUACUGUUAAAAACAACUCAGGUGUGAUACCUGAAGGCCUGUGUGGUGCCUGGGUUAAAGAACCUGAUGGAGGAUCCUUUACUUCUCCUAAUUAUCCUGAGAAAUAUCCCCCUGAUAGAGAAUGCACAUACAUUAUAGAAGCAUCUCCGAGACAAUGCAUCGACCUGCACUUUGAUGAACACUAUGACAUAGAGCCAUCUUGGGAAUGCAAGUUUGACCACAUUGAAGUUCGAGACGGCCCAUUCAGCUCUUCACCAAUCAUCGGGCGAUACUGCGGGCAGCAGAGCCCGAUGUAUGUGAGGUCCACUGGGAGAUACCUUUGGAUUAAAUUUGUUGCUGACAGUGAACUCGAAGCCACUGGGUUUUCUGCAAGAUACAAUUUCACUCAAGACCCUGAGUUUAACGAUGUUGGAACUCCUCUAUCACUAGCAAUGUGUGAGUUUGAGAUGAGUGGGCCUGAGGGCAUCAUCGAGUCUGCUAUGGUGGAAAAGGAGAGCAAAGCUCUGCAAACAGAGGCUGUGGAUUGCAAGUGGUUCAUUCAAGCACCACCUGGCUCCAAGAUCUACCUGCGCUUUUUGGAGUAUGAGAUGCAGAACUCAAAUGAGUGCAAGCGCAACUUUGUGGCGGUCUACGACGGCAGCAGCUCGGUCGAGCACCUAAAGAAUAAGUUUUGCAGCACGGUGGCCAACGAUGUCAUGCUGCUCACAUCGCUAGCUGUCAUCCGCAUGUGGGCUGAUGAGGGCAGCCGUAAAAGUCGCUUCCGUAUCCUCUUCACCACCUUCAGAGCACCUCCAUGCGAGGAAGAUAAUUUCUUCUGUCACAGCAACAUGUGCAUUAAUCACACUCUAGUGUGCAAUGGUAUCCAGAACUGUGUCUAUCCCUGGGAUGAAAACGGCUGCAAAGAGAAAAGAAAAACCACCAUCUUGGACAGCCUGGACCACACCAACGUGACCAUAAUCGGGAUUACCUGCUGUGUGGUGUUUGUUCUGCUCACGGCAUCAAUCAUCAUCCAGGUCAAGCAGCCCCGCAGAAAGUACCUUGUGAGACAGGACGAAUUUGAUCCUGCACUGUUGCCUGAACCCCUCGAGCCUCCACAUUAUGAGCUGUGCGCUCUGAGGAGCAUGGCAUCUGCUGAAGAGUUCCCUGGGCUGCGUCGCUCAUCCUCCAAGUGUGUUCACGGGCACCAUUGUGGCUCGCAGGCGUCCAGUGGCAGCCGCACGGACCUGAGCAUGGGUGUCCUCGCUGAGACGGCCAGCAACCCAUCUAGGAGCAUCGUGGUAAUGAAGCACAGCCACUCACUCGAGGACACCGAGGUAUGUGAGCUAGAUGAUGAGCUGGAGGAAGAGAACAUGGAGGAGCAACAUUGGAGGAGUGUCAACGGACAUGAGCAUUCAGUCAACGUGCAGUAAUUUCUAACCGUGAAUCGUGUGACGGAUUGUUUAUUGAAGACUGACACCACAGCAGAAUGUUCUUUUUUGACGUCAUUUAAUUCCAUCUUCAUAAACAUAAAGAAACAAUGUCAUAUAUCUAACAGUUUAAAUGUAAAGUAAUAUUGAUGUGAAUAUAAUUUGUGCUAUAAUUUGUGUUGUUUAUAUAGUUUAUAUAGUAUCGUCGUAUAUAUUGUAUAUCGUAUGGCCUGAUUUGAAAAAAUAUAUAUAUUUGUUAUUGUUGUUAUUUGCAGACUCUAGCUUUAAAAAGAAAUUGAUUUUGAUCACGGAUCAUCAUUUAUUGGAGCAAAUUGUUGAAAUACUGCAUUAACUU